GCUAGGGGCGCUUUCGACCCCACUACAAAAACGUUAUAUUUUAAAUAUCCGUGAAAGUACUGGAAGUUCGACUGAGAAAAAUGAAGGCUUUUACAUCAGUAUUAUUGUGUAUCGGGACACUGUCUCUCGUAUCAUCAGCACCGGCCGGCCACAAACAUUCCCCACAAAGAGCUGAAUACAACUACGAUUAUGACAACUCAAAAUCGGCUCAACCAAGGGAACAGCAAGAGUCAGCCAGCCACUACGACGCCUACAUCCAGGAUGUCCAAACAGCAGCCACUGGUGGGAACACAGCGAAGAAGGGCUUCAGUCAGGGCAGUGGUCUGAGGACGAUAGCUGUAGGGUCAGCCAAUCAAGCGAAGACUGCGUUAGGGAACCAGCAGGCAGCAGCGUACCAAGCAGCAUAUGUGGCUAAGAACACGCUGGCGCAGUCUGCUGCCCAGUCCAGUGCGACCGCUCAGGCAGCGUUAGCCGGCAAGCAAGUGAUCCUGUCCGGCUUGGAGCAGCAAGUGCGAGAUGCCAAAGUGGGGCUGCAAGGCGAGGAGAUGCAGUUGCAGCAAGCCAAGAGAGCGGCCCAGGCAGCGGCGCAGGCAGCGCAGCAAGCGAUGCACCAGGUCAACGUAAUCCAAGCGGCUUUGAACGCGGCGCAAGCGACAUCAGAAAACGCAAACGAGGCAGCGUCACAGGCCGCUGGUGAGCUUGGAGCACAGACCGCCAUGGUCGGAGCCGCCAGACAGAGACUUCAGACCCUACAGGAGCAACUCAAGGGAGUCAGGAUUGACUUCGAAGCUACCCAGUCCGCUGCGAGAAAGGCCCAGGCUGCUGCACAACAAGCUCAAGCGAACGCCGCUGAGGCAGCCGCAAAAGCGGCGGCAGCUGGUCUUGCGGCCGGCCAACAGAACAAGGACGCCUCCCACGAAGGUAGUAAUAGCUACGAAGAGUACAAACAGGCCCCCGAACAGAGCAGCCAAGAAUACUACCAGUCGGACUUCCAAAACUAGUAACAAUAAGGGAUAGGUACACAAUGUUGAGUACUUGAUAUUUUCGUGUAACUGGUUCUGAAUUUAUCCAGAAAUGGGAGCUGGUUUAAGUCAUAACAAUGACUUCUAAGCAGCAGCGUUCCCUGCAUUUUGAUGUUUAUCUGUUUUAAUUCACACUAACAACUCCA